UGUACGAAAACGGAUAAGCUGUGUUGUUUUUGUAGUGAAUUUUAGUGUUUUCCACCGGUGUAAAGAUGUUAAAAACCGUAGACAAAUGUCCGGGGCUUUACUGUGGCCGGACAUUGUUGGAAAAUGCAUCCUACAGUGAGUGCGGUGCUUGUUUGCGUGGCUUCCGCGUCAACGAGCAGUACGUGUGUGCCCCGUGCCAGAACGACCUCAGCGAGCACGAUUGGCUGUACCUGGGAUUUAUGGCCAUCCUCCCGUUGAUAAUCCACUGGUUUUGUAUCGAUCUGAAUGCUUUGCAGAGGAAAUUCACCAAGGGGGAAUUGAUUCUACACGCCAGCGCGUGCUUCGAAGUACUGCUGUCCGCUUUUCUGACCAUCCUUUUUACGGAUCCUAUCUGGGAGCUGCGGAUCAAUUCGUGUGGCGUGCGGAAGCUCUCCGAUUGGUACACACUGUUUCACAAUCCAACACCGAAUUAUGAGACGACAUUAUACUGUACCCAGGAGGCGGUCUAUCCGCUGCAAACGAUGAUCUUCGUGUUCUAUGUGUUUUGCGUUACAUUCAUGAUGAUCAUUCGACCGGUGCUGAAUGUUAAAGCUUUGCCGGUUGAAGGAAAAAUGGCCGUAUACUAUGCGCUGUAUAUUUUCCCGAUACUAUCGCUGCUUCAUGCCGUGGCCGGGGGACUUAUUUACUAUUCCUUUCCUUACCUGAGCAUCGUAAUCUCGGUCGUGUCGAAUGCACUACAUUUCUCGUUCAAACUGGUUCAGACGAUACAAUCACUGCUGGAGAAAUCCGUCACCCAGAUGCGCAAUGUGACCAUUAUCCUGGGCCACUGGCUACUGCUGGCGUAUGGGAUCAUUUCGAUUCCCUAUGAUAUCUCGUAUUUCUCCCUAUUGCUCGUUCCCGUUCCGGCUCUGUUUUACAUCUUCACCGCCAAGUACACCGAUCCGGACAAUUUUAAGUAGAUUUUAGUUUUACAAAUUGAGCUUUAGCAACGUUUUUGCGUUUUUUUUUCGCGGUGAAGUUGUGUGAUCGAAACCAGU